AUGAAAGUAACAAAGAAAGAGAAAGAACUCGGCCCGGUACGACUGAGUAUGAUGAGGCAUUUACUUGUGGCGAUUGAUUGUUCGAAGGCUAUGAAUUGCCCUGAUCUCAAACCUAUACGAUUUCUGUGCACAUUGAAGCUUCUUGAAAAGUUUGUUGAAGAAUUCUUUGACCAAAAUCCAUUAAGCCAGUUAGGAAUAAUAGCAAUGAAGAACAAAAGAGCCGAUAGAAUAACAGAGCUAUCAGGAAACAUUAGGAAGCAUAUUAAAGCUGUGCAGAGCUUGUCAAAUUUGGCACUGGUGGGAGAACCAUCCUUACAAAACACACUGGAAUUAGCUGGCAGAAUCCUCAGGCCGUUGCCUGGCCAUGCCUCUAGGGAAUUACUUGUUCUGUUUGCAUCUCUCACCACAUGUGAUCCAGGAGACAUUGUACCUGCUAUACAGGGUCUAAAAACAGAUGGAAUAAGAUGUUCAGUGAUAGGUUUGGCAGCUGAAGUAAGGAUAUGCAAAAAGUUGUGUCAAGACACUGGAGGGGAGUAUGGUAUUGUAUUAGAUGAUGUACACUAUCGUUCACUGCUGUUAGAGCAUACGUCGCCACCUCCACGGGCGCGAGCACUGGACGCAGGACUUGUCAAAAUGGGAUUUCCACACACACCUCCACCUAACACUCAGUCUGACCCGAGUGGUAAUGCUGACCCACCGAUAACAGUUUGUAUGUGUCAUUUGGAAGAGGGGGAAGGUGUGGGCGGGGAGGGGCACCUGUGCCCGCAGUGCCGCAGCAAGUACUGCUCGCUGCCGGCACAGUGCCGCACCUGCGGACUCACACUCGCCUCCGCACCGCAUUUAGCCAGGUGA